GGGUACAAAAGUGAAGAAGAAUAAUACAGGACCAUAACAACUAAAAAGGGUAUCAGAUAUUGAAUACAGUUUUCCGCCAGAUUUAGUUUUUGCGCAACAUGGGACUUGUUCGUCCUAUUCGUAUGAUUUUUUGUUUUGUUUGUUUCUUGUUUCUCCUGAACUCUCAUAAUGCACAGAAAGAGCCCAGUUGCAAUCGUGCAAAAAGUUGUAGUGAAUGCAUGGGGAUACGCCCUGCCUGUUCGUGGUGUAGUGCUGAUGAAUUUGAUGAUACGAAAGAAGGUCCAGGGUUUCGUUGUGCACCAUCUUCAGUCUUGUUGGCCCGUGGAUGUCCACAAAGUAGCAUCGAGGAUGUGGAGUCUGUGUUAUUAGAUCAUGGAGUUCCUCUUGAUCAAGCCAGUUUAACUGAAGAUAUACAACUUACUCCACGAUCACAAUCAGUAAAGGUCAGACCCGGAGGAACUAUGAUGGUCGAUUUCACAUUCCAGUCUAUUUCGGAUUACCCCGUUGACCUUUAUUUCUUAACAGAUCUCAGUUAUACAAUGAUUGAUGAUUUGGAAACAGUUUCUCGUUUGACUAACGAUAUUGUGUUAACUAUGCGUAAUGUAACAAAAAAGUUACAAAUGGGAUUCGGCGCCUUUGUAGACAAACCAGUGUUUCCCUUUGUUGUGCCAACUCCAGAAUAUCUUCGAAAUCCAUGUUUAAAUGUUGGUACUAAAAAUCUCCAUUGCGAUCCUCCAUUCUUGUACAAACACAUUUUGUCACUUACCGAUAAUUUUGAGGAGUUCAGAGAAAAAACCAAAGUAGCACGUGUAAGUCUUAGUAUAUUUGUAGCUUUGUUCAUAGCCUGCCUGCACUGCGCUGAGUUUUGUAUAGCCUGUUUUUCUGGAAGUUUCUCAAGAUGUGUUGCAAAAAGAAUCAAAGAAUGAUGAUUUCGUGUAUUGCAUAGACCCAUUGGGGUUAUACUAGUCUAAACAUUUGCUGAUUGGAUUCUUGCUAUAGCACAAUAGCUCAUUGAAAAUCAGUGCAGCUGCCAGAACUUAUUGUAUGAGUAAUAGUAACCAUAACCUUAACAGCGAUGUUAAGCAAGUGUUUUUACUGUUGGAUGCGCCCUUAUGAAAAUAAUGGUCUUUCUUAGGUGAAUCAAAAUUGUAGUGAUUUUACUUUCCAACUUUAGUAAGAACGAGAUAAUACUAAUUUAUUCAGAUAAACGUAUAUCCAGUCUUCCGUCUCCGCCUGUUGUAGAUCCACUUAAAAAGUAAAUGAGAGUUAGAAAACCCUACUAUUUCGAAAAAUGAAUUCGACAGAUCCUAACAAGUAUAUUUUGCACUUUGUGGCUACUCACCUGAAUUGGAAAAACAAGCAAAUGUAUUAUGGUUUUUUCUGGUACUUUAAGAAGGAUUAACCAAGUCACAUAACAGUGCAUCGGUUUGAGUUAUCACACUCCACUUGAAAUAUGUGAUUCGUUCAGGAAAGUGGGGAUGUUAAUUAAUUGUUGUUAGUCUUCUUCCUUUUCUCCUGCGUUUAUUUUUCCUUAGUCUCACGGAUCUAACACUUCAUACUCUUUUAAACUCAUAGAGUUACUAUAAGUAAUACGUAAUACAGCCAGAACUAGACUUACAGUUUCUAAUUUUGAGUAAUCAUUUUGCUUAGUUAAAUUUUAGGUGCGUUUUUUUGUGAACUUAGCGAACAACAGACCAUAUUACUCCACAAGAAAAUUUGCUUUCUCACGAGUAGUAAUGGUAAUGAGUUGUGUGUUGUUUUGUCGAGGAUUAUUACACUACGAUGUCAUUCAUUCAAUUAAAUUAAAAUAAUGUAGUGUUUCUUGACUUUUUGUUUGUUAGCCUUCAGGUAAUCUAGAUAGUCCAGAGGGUGGUAUGGACGCAUUACUUCAGGUUGCCCGAUGCAGUGAAGCUAUUGGAUGGCGUGCUGGUGCCCGUAAAAUCGUACUAUUUGCUUCUGACGGUGGAUUCCAUUUGGCUGGUGAUGGUCGAAUCGCUGGAUUAAUACUGCCUCCUCCAACUACUUGUCAAUUAACAUAUCAAGCUGAUCGAUUCAAUUCUUCACUUAAGUACCUCGGUUGGCAUAAUUCUGAUCAAACUGAUUAUCCUAGCGUUGGGGAGAUUGCUCAAGUUCUAACUGAAGCUGACAUCAGCGUAAUUUUUGCAGUUGAUAGUAAAUUACACGGUUUGUAUACUAAGUUGGCUGAAUUCUUGCCAAGUGCAGCUGUUGGCAUCCUAACUGAUAGUUCAACCAACAUUGUUCGCUUAUUACGUGAUAACUAUGAUAAAAUUGUUAACAAAGCUGAGCUAAUGGCUACUUAUGAUGCAGAUUAUCUGGAAGUUCAAGUAUUUUCCAAGUGUAAUGAUGAAAAUGAAUUCUCAAAGAAAACAGUAUGUAAUGAUCAUCCAGUUGGUGGUAAAAUUAGUUAUCAAAUAUCCAUCAAAGCUAAACGAUGUUUUGAAGGUGUUAAAAAAGUCACUUUAAAAAUGGUAGCAUUAGAAGAUCAAGCUGUACUAGGUGUUCAGACAGCUUGUUCUUGUCCUAGCUGCGAGAAAAUGCCAAUGCCUAGUUCUUUAACUCCUUUCUCUGCAAGAUGUCAAUCACGUGGACACUUACAUUGUGGUGAAUGUAAAUGUCAGUCUGGAUACUCUGGUGAUUUUUGUGAAUGUUCCGCUGAGGCUAGUGCUGAAGGGGAUGCUGCUAUGCUAGCGCAAUGCACUGAAUAUGGAGUUAAAGAGCCUUGUUCAGGUCGUGGUCGUUGUGUAUGUGGAAAGUGUAAAUGUAAUCUAGCACGUUAUGAAGGCACUUUUUGUGAAUGUGACCGACAUGGAUGUAAACGUGCUUCAGAUGAUAAUCAAGUUUGUGGAGGACCACAACGUGGAACUUGUCAAUGUAAUGGUACCUGUGAAUGCAAGCCAGGUUAUACUGGAGAUCGCUGUGAUUGUAUGGAAAGCGAGAAACAAUGUAUUGAUCCAAACAAUCCAUCGGGGCCCAAGUGUUCUGGUCGUGGUGUGUGUGAUUGUGGUCAAUGCUUCUGUAACAGUGGUUAUACUGGUCAUUUAUGUAAUGAAAUUCAAGGUGGUGAAUCUGCUUUAUGCACAGAUCGUGAUGUAGAAAAGUGUGUUCUAUGCUUACGUGAUUCAUUGGUGAAAAGUUUUGAUCUGGAUGAAAAGUUGAAAAAUGAUGAGAUGACGAAAACAGACAAUGAAUCAGAGGAUGAAUCAUUAAAAUUCAAUCAAAGACAACCUAUUUCAAUGAUUUAUUCAUCACAAGAGUAUGCAUUAGCUGCUACACAAUGCGAAUCUUCAUGUAAUGGAACUGUUGUAGAUACUAGUCGAGUAAAACUAGUUGAAGCUAGUGAACAAAAGGAUGAUUCAAAUCUUUGCAUUAUUUACACAGAAGACAAUUGUCGAGUAUUUUUCACCUAUCGUUAUUCUGAUGCAAUAUAUGUUAAUCGUAAAGUUGAUUUAAAUAUUAUCCGAAAAAGUGAAUGUACAAAAACAAUCAAUAUUCUCUACAUUGUUCUCGGUGUCAUUGCUGCCAUUGUACUUGGUGGAUUAAUACUUUUAUUAAUUUAUAAACUAGUCAUUACAAUUGAUGAUCGUCGUGAAUUAGCUAAUUUUAAACAACAAGGUGAAAAUAUGCGUUGGGAAAUGGCUGAAAAUCCUAUUUUUGAAUCACCAACAACUAAUGUUCUAAAUCCAACUUUUGAAGAAAACGGAUAUUGAUCAUAUGUUGAUAAGGCGCGCGGGGGGAGGGUAUCAGCGGAUUUGAAAUAAUUUUUUUCAUUUCAUGACAAAUAAAAGUCGUGAUAUCCCCUGUUUUUUUCCUCUUUAUUUCUGCAUGUUUUAUACGCAUAUACCUGAGCAGUCCUACCUAAUAUGAUGUAUAUCUCUAAGCGCUUGUUAUAUAACUUUGUCCAAAUAAUAUAACACAUUUGAAUAUGAUCAUGUUUAAUAGAGUAACAACACAAACAAACAAAACUCUUUGUGCCUUAUUAUUAUUAUUAUUGUUUAAAACAUAACAAGAAGACUCAACUGCACAGCUGUCAAUAUCUCUAUUGCCUACCGAUUAGCACCAUAACUUUUCUGCUUUAUAUUAUCUUUAUUAGCUUUUUAUUCUCAUGAAUUAAUUCAUUAUUUAUUCUUUUUUUAAUAAUACACCAUACAGUAUGUGUAUGCAUUUUUGUUUAUUACCAGUUGUUGUUGUCGUGUUAUUUUCUCUUCUCAUUUUUAUAAGAUAAAAAGAAAUGAACAAACUACUAUUACUACUUUCAUGUUGUAAUUAUAAACGCUUUUUUAAAAAAAAGAAGGGGCUAGGCUGAAUAUUUAUUUGCCCAGAAACAAAAGUAAUCUAAACCGUACAUAGUUUCAUGCUUUUUGGUUUUUAUACGGUUUCAUUUUAUGUUUAUGUUGUUAUACAAAUAAAGUACAUAUAUAUAAUGUGUAUUUA